CUAAAAACUCCCUACUCUAUAUCCUACAGAACAAUUCGCAAUGGGACUUGCUGAUUUCAUCUCCAACUUUAUUCCCACCGUCUACGCCGAGGAAGCGGAAAAGACCGUCGAAGAGGUUGAAAAAUCCGAAUCCGUUGAAGAGCAGCCCCAAGAGGAAGAAAAGGAAGAGGAAGUAGAAGAGGAGGAAGAAGAAGAAGAAGAAGAACUCGUCGAUCCCAAGGAAGCCAUUAUGGAGGAAUGCGCCAACAGCAAAGAAUGCUCUGGUUUGAAGCAUCACCUCGACGAAUGUAAUGAACGUGUCGAGAAUGGUUCUCAGGAAAACUGCAUUGAGGAAUUCUUCCACUUCAUGCACUGUGCUGACCUCUGUGCUGCUCCCAAGGUUAUGGCCAGCACCAAAUAGAAGAUAUUUAUCAUUUUGUCAUUUUUUUUAAAAAAAAAAAAGAUAUCUGUUGAUACAAAGUAGAUAAUUAAUGACUUGGUUGAGUGGAUAUUAACAGUUUUCUCACAAAAAGAGUACUUUGAUGUUAUUUUUGCC